UUACGAACUCCAGAAAUGGCCCCAAAAAGAGAACCAUCUAUUAAGAAGACUCCAUCGCCUGUGGCCCAGCAGCCCAGACUCGGGCCUCCUUUCCCUUGCCUCCCCUCAGCUAACCCUGCCCAGCCAAGGUCAGCUCCUGAACAGAAACCCAGGAUGCUGCGACCCUCUGAUUCUCCAUUUGACCCCAGCACCAUGGAGAUUGAGUUUAACCUGGAUCAAAUACACGAGUUUAAGGAGGCUUUCCUCCUCUUCGACAGAACCGGCGAUGGGAAGAUCAGUUACAGUCAGUGCGGCGACGUCAUGCGGGCGUUGGGCCAGAACCCCGUCAAUGCAGAGGUCCUCAAGGUCCUGGGCAACCCCAAGGCUGAGGGUGAGGAGAUGAACCACAAGAUGCUUGACUUUGAGCAGUUCCUGCCCAUGCUGCAGGCCAUCGCUAAGAAUAAGGACCAGGGCUCCUUUGAGGAUUUCGUUGAGGGACUGCGAGUCUUUGAUAAGGAGGGCAACGGCACCGUAAUGGGGGCAGAGCUGCGCCACGUCCUCACCACACUAGGGGAGAAGAUGACGGAGGAGGAGGUCGAGACGCUUCUUGCCGGACACGAGGAUGCUAAUGGCUGUAUUAACUAUGAAGAACUCGUCCGGAUGGUCAUGAGCGGUUGAAGAUCGGGAAGAACAUUCCUUCCUAUUCUUCGUUUUCACCCUGUUUAUUUCUGUGACGCAUUUCCCCUCCUUUUUGCAACUAGUUUCCAGUCCUGCCCGUUUCCUGUGCAAUUUUAUUAGUUCUUCACGUCUCUUUUUUAAUUUUUUUUUCGAAAGUGCCUUUACAUGCCCAAGGUAAGACCAUUAGCAACCAAGCUUCUUUAAAAAAAAAUGUUUUAUGCGUCAGCCUGGUCCAUUGAAAUUAAGAAUAAGACCAACUUGCAUGUAAUUAGAAGCUUGUGUGCUGCUGGCGUGACCAGCAAUAACAUUCCGAGAGAGAGAGCACUUCAUACCAACUGUUUGCGCCGUCUUGCCAGUUGCCAACUCUGUCAAUGGUUUGACAGUGACAGCAAUGGAGUUGUCGAGACGGCACAAAAAGGAUCUGAGACCAGGCUAAUGAAGACUUGCUUUGGCUGGUAAUGUCUCCCUUCCUAUCGCUGCCAGAGCUAUGCAGUUUGUUAACCAAUAUGUAUAAGAAGCCAUACAAUCAUGACGACAUAGAAAUCCAUGAGCGGUUCAGUGGAUUUUUUUCCUUUUUUUCUUCCAUUUAUUUGUUGCAGCGGUCAAAUAAAAAAUAAAAAAAGAUUUUCUGAAGAAAAACAA